ACCCUUUGCAGCCCACGUGCACAUACGAGGCCCCGCGCGCGCGCGCAAAUCGGGAGCGCGCGUGGAGGCGGUCCGGGGACUGCCUCGCUUUUGCAGUAAUCGCUUUCCUACCGCUGCUACCUCCAGUUAAAUAGCAAGGACAACGGGAGCGAGCAGACGGCCGUGUGAGGAUAUACUUUUCUCGGUACCUUGGGGAUUACGACGCCGAAUUGCAGCAUCGACGGCCAACCGGCGAGGGCCCACGAUGUCCAGCGAAGUGCAGAGACCGGACGACAGCCCCAGCACGAGCGGGGGCAGCUCAGAUAUCGAACAAAGGGAAUCGGUACCGCCUGAGCAGGAGCGAGAGCAGGCACAGCCCAAAAAGAAGGAGACCAAGAUCUCAAGUAAAACCGCUGCUAAACUUUCAACUAGUGCCAAGAGGAUCCAGAAAGAGCUGGCAGAAAUAACACUAGACCCACCUCCAAACUGCAGCGCCGGCCCCAAAGGAGACAACAUCUAUGAGUGGCGGUCGACCAUCCUGGGCCCUCCGGGCUCCGUGUACGAGGGAGGAGUCUUCUUCCUGGACAUCGCCUUCACUCCUGACUACCCAUUCAAACCCCCCAAGGUAACGUUUCGCACGAGGAUCUAUCACUGCAACAUCAACAGUCAGGGAGUGAUCUGUCUGGACAUCCUGAAGGACAACUGGAGCCCCGCCCUCACCAUCUCCAAGGUGCUGCUGUCCAUCUGCUCCCUGCUCACAGACUGUAACCCAGCUGACCCCCUGGUGGGAAGCAUCGCCACACAGUACCUGACCAACAGAACAGAGCAUGACAGAAUAGCUAAACAAUGGACGAAGAGAUACGCUACAUAGAGCCGCUGCUGCUGCAGCAACUGCGGCGCCCGGUCCUCCCUCCUCAUCUCUGAACCUCUCUCUACCUCUCAUCCUUCGUACGUCAAAGCACACUCACUAAGUGCAACGGUGAACCUGCCCUCCUGUUACCGCCCUCCUGCUCUUCCUCCCCAUUUUAUCUACCUUUUCUGUGCAAAAAACAAGAAAAUUUUAAACAAAAAAAAAUGUUCUUUGUUCCUUGUUGACUUGAAAGCUUCUUUUUUAUACAAAGAGUAGAUUGGGAUUUUUAUUUUCCAAUAUCUGAAUGUUGGAAGUAUUGUAUUGGAGAAAAAAAACAAUAUCAUUAUUAUCACUUGCAUUGUCCUCUGACUAUACAGUAUGUAUUCUCAUUUUUCUUAGUGGCACCUGGAACAAAACUGCAGAGUAUGCUUUUAAUUUUUAAUUUCUUUGCUCGUUUUUUGGAGAUUUGUUUUCGUAAUUGUCAUCAGUGAAGUUAACUGCAUGGAAGAAGUUUAGCCCCAGUCGAUUCUUCUUGCUUUUAACCUCUUCUGAUUCUGUUUGUACUGUAUGUAUUUUUUCAAAGGCUUUUGAGGCAGACCACUAAAAGUUUGGGUCUGCCUGUGAAAGAGGCAGGACUUGUAUAUUUACUGGCUACCCGCCACCUCUGCCAUGUGCAGAGUGGUUUGUCGUGCACUUGUAUAUCUGAAGCACCCAAUAAAACACUCCCUGGUUGGCUCGUGAGAAAA